AUGCACGUCCUCGGCAGUAUAGGCCACAGCUUCAGCCAACGGCGAAAGACACACAAGCCCAAGGACCUUCACAUCCGCAAGGUUUCCUUCUCCGGAUGCUCACUCUCCUCCGGCUGCUCAUUUUCAUCCUCAUCAUCAACAUCCACCGCGCGAGUACCCUCAUCCGCCAGAACAACAACCAGCUCCUCAUCCGGCUACGACCCUCUCAACUCACAUCCUACUUUCCAACCACCGCCUCGUCUGCACGACCGACCGCUCAUCAGCCCUGAGCGAAGUCACUACCAGCCCACGUCAACAUUCUUCGACGAUUCUACCGACGAGGAGUUCGACCAGCAGAGCAUCGAUGAGGAGUACACCGUCGGCAAGGCGCAGGAGCUGCACUUUUCACAACCAAAGGAGAUGGUGCUCCCGCCGCACAGCUCACCCAUGGACCACUCCAUCGAAUCUUCAGAACCUCAAGACUACUUCAUGAUCCAGCUGGCGAAGCGUCCGCCCAUGCCUCGCUCACGAUGGUCCGAGUCCACCAUCCAGACACUCGACCAGGCGGACCUGUCGGCGGAUGACUACGACGAGACGCCAGACUCGGAAGCAGACUUGCCGUUGGAGAUUCCCAACUUUAGUCACAAGCGCAACGUGACGCCUAAGCGGCCACCUAUGCGGUCUCUCGACAGUCUUGAGGACUUUAUGAAGCAGGGUGGCUGGAAGAGAAAGGGUGUUGUGUUCAACGAGAAUGAGGCGGAGGAGGAUGCGUAG